UCCUUGCUGUCCAGCAUGGCCAGCGGAUUUGACGGCGUAGGCUUCACAUGUCUACCAAAGUUUGAGAUGCUGACAUUCAAUACACAGUCUAUGACGAACGCUAUGCAACUCCUGCCUGUUUGGCUCGAUCGUUUCAACCACCCUACCGGCUCUACUCUUGGAUUCUUCGGCGCAUCAACCGGCAUCGGCGGCGUCGUGGGCUUGGUCCUCCUGAGCUGGGUUGGCGAUAAGUUUGGUCGGAGGGCACCCACUGUGAUUGGUGCACUUUUGAUUGUCAUCGGCGCCCUCAUUCAAACUUGGGCCAGCGACCUGGGCAUGUUCAUUGGCGGCAAGAUCCUCCUUGGCUGCGGUGUCUCGACCGUACAGCUUGGUGCUCCGGUCCUGGUCGCAGAGCUCAGCCAUCCGAAGGAGCGAGCGACGGUCGGCACAUUCUACAAUACCUCUAUCUACCUUGGGUACGUCGUGGGUGCUUGGAUCACCUUUGGUGUUGCAAAGAUGAACAACCAAUGGCAGUGGAAGAUUCCGACCCUGCUCCAGAUCUUGCCAUCGGCUUAUCAGUUGGCUCUAAUCUGGUUCUGUCCGGAGUCGCCGCGCUGGCUCGUCGCUCAUGGUCACGAGGAGCGAGCCAAAGCGAUUCUAAUCAAGUAUCAUGGUAAUGGAGAUCCCGCCUCCCCACUCGUUGACAUCGAGUUCGCGGAGAUUAAGGAAGCAAUUGCUCGGGACGCGGAAGCCAACACCACCUGGCGUGAGGUUUUCAGGUCCAGGACGAACUGGAAACGCAUUGGGCUGUGCAUUUGCGUUGCAGUGUUUUCGCAAACGACUGGAAACCUCCUUGUCUCGAAUUACCUCUCCAGUAUUCUGAUUGAUACUGGCCUGAACUCGUCAUUCGACUCCACCUUGAUCAACGGCAUGGUAACUCUCUGGUCCUACAUUGUCACCCUUGCAGUCGCUGCUCUCAUUGAUCGCUUCCCGCGACGAACCUUCUUCCUCUUUGGAUCUGGUGGAACAAUGGUCGUUUUCAUCGUCUGGACGAUCUGUGCCCAGCAGUACAGCGAGCGAAACUCUGUCACCGCAGGCCGGGUCGUCAUUGCCUGCAUUUUCCUCUUCCAGACGUUCUACUCCAUCGCCUGGCUUAACAUGGUUGCGCUCUACCCACUUGAGAUUUGCCCGUACACUCUGCGAGCGAAAAUGUGGGCUUUGGUGUUGCUGGUGAUCUAUGCGGCGCAGAUCUUCGGCAAUUACGUCAAUCCUGUUGGAAUUGCUGCAGUGGGAUGGAAGUUCUAUAUAUACUACUGCGUCUGGGUCACGAUCAUCUUCUUCAUCGUUUAUUUCUGCUUCGUCGAAACGCAGGGUCCGACUUUGGAAGAGCUGGCGCUGAUCUUCGACGACGCAGCUGCUGGUGACAGGAAGGCAAGUGUCAACGGGUCGGAUGUUGGGCAUGAGAAGACUUCUGUGAAAGUGGUCGAGGAAUCUGCCAAGAUUGAGCAGUAUGAUCCCUAAGACAUCGAUAACACAGUGGAAGAGUCAAUGUCACGCAUGCCUCUGACGGUAAUGCUAGUACGUGAUAGACUCUGUCUAGGUUUUUGUAACAAAGAAGUAUAUAGGGAGCCAUUACUACUUAUCUGACAAACAAGAAUCGUUGUCGGCUGAUCAAGACAAACCCGAUCUACUACAGCGA